AGUGAGCCGUUCAAAUUCCUGGAGCCGUCCCUUCGCCUGGAAUUCCCUGAGGCCGUGGCCAUGCUGAGAGAGGCGGGGGUGGAGAUGGGUGAUGAGGAGGAUCUCAGCACUCCCAGUGAAAAGCUACUCGGCCGUCUUGUCAAAGAAAAGUAUGAUACUGAUUUCUACAUCCUGGACAAGUACCCACUGGCAGUGAGGCCGUUCUACACCAUGCCUGACCCCACGAACCCUAAAUACUCCAACUCCUAUGACAUGUUCAUGAGAGGAGAGGAGAUCCUGUCGGGGGCUCAGAGGGUCCACGAUGCCGAGCUGCUGACGGAGCGGGCCAAGCACCACAACAUCGACCUGGAUAAGAUCAAGGCUUAUAUCGACUCCUUCCGAUAUGGGGCCCCCCCUCACGCCGGGGGAGGAGCUGGACUGGAGCGGGUCACCAUGCUGUACCUGGGUCUGCACAACAUCCGUCAGACCUCCAUGUUCCCCCGUGACCCUAAACGCCUAACCCCUUGAGGAAGCACAAGCCUGGUGGGCCGCUCAUGGAUUCUGCCAGAGGGGAAAAAGAUUACUGUUAAAUGAAGUGUCACAGCGAUUUACAAAAUUAAGAUGUCAGAUCCUAUUAUUAGUAUGAUUUUACAAAGCUAAAGAAAAUUAAUAUAAAUAAGGCACUUUGUGAUGAAAAUCCAUUUAUUCAAGAUUUAUUCAAACAAAUCUUUCUAGUGUCUUAAUCCUUUUCUACACAUUUUGUCUCUUGACAACUAGUUCACUAUAACAGUGUAUAACUGCAAUUAAGAACAAACAUUUUUCUUUGAACAUUUUAGGGAUGGUGAUCUUGUUUUCUAAUGUGGGGAAAAUCCUUAGAAAUAAAAUAAAAGUAUGUAAA